AUGCCGCGGAGUAUAUCGAGGUCGCCGUCGUACUCGAGGAGGCGAUACUCUCGUUCUCGUUCACCCAUCACUCACCGCCACUCCGGCCGCCGCAGCAGCCGCCGUGACCGUUCUCGUUCUCCUCACAGCAGGAGAAGAAGUAAUUCUGCUACUCCACGAAGGCGAAGAAGUCGUUCACCAGCUUUGAGGCGUCGCAAAAGCAGGUCUCCAACCCCAAGGCAUCACAGGAGACAUAGAAGCCCGAGUUCUUCUUUGUCUUCGCCUCCUAAAUCUCGUAGUUCCAGUCUCACAUCACUUGAGCGCAAGAAUGCAAAUGAGAAAUUGCGAAAGGAAGAAGAAGAAAAGAAAAGACUACAGCAUGAGGCAGAGCUUAAACAAUUAGAAGAAGAGACUGCAAAGCGAAUGGAUGAAGAAAUUCGAAAAAGGGUUGAAGAGAAAUUGGAUUCUGAAGAAGUUAAACUAGAAAUAGAGGUACGAAUUAAAGAAGGUCAGAAGAAACUUUUCGAUGAUGUUGAAGCUCAACUUCAGAAAGAAAAGGAAGCUGCUCUGAUUGAGGCAAGGCAGAAAGAAGAGCAAGCUCGAAAAGAGAGAGAAGAACUUGAUAAAAUGCUUGAAGAGAACCGCCGAAGGGUAGAAGAGUCUCAGAGGAGAGAAGCUCUGGAGUUCCAGAGAAAAGAGGAAGAACGACUGAGAGAGUUGGAACUGAUGCAAAGACAAAAGGAAGAAGCACGAUGGAGAAGAAUUGAAGAAGGGGAAGAGCAAGCAAACCGGAUGGCUUCAUCAGUCAAGAGUAAGACUCAGUCAAAAUAG